ACCAUUCCAGCUCUUCUUUCUCUAGGGGUCGAUUACGGUGAAAAUCACCAGAUCGAAGCUCAAACCCUUCUCCCUAUAACAUGGAAAUUCACAGAAAAUCUGGGAUUAUGAUUCCCGUCAUCAUCAUAAUCUUCUUGGUUGUUAGCACGAAACCUAGUAGUGCAGCCUCCAGGCCAUUAAAAGGUGACCAAAACCCUAGCAGGAUGGAUCAUCAUCAUAACGAUCGACCACAGGCUUUCACAGAUAGCAGAGCUCCUGUGCCACCCUCCGGUUCUUCUCCCUGCACGCACAUACCCAAAGAAGGUGAAAACUGCCCGCCGACCCGCUGAAGGUGGUCCAUGAUUUGGUGCAAUAACCACCGGUGCUGCAGUGUGCAUGAUUCAUAUCAGAUCAUGGUAUUUAUUUAUUCUGUACGUAAUUGAUCGUAUAUGUGUCUGUACAUAUAUAACUGAUCAGCUUGAAUAAGGAUCAGACGUGAAU